AUGCACCAGGAUAGGAGAGGACUUGCAUUAGAUCCCUCUCCUCUCCCCCUCUCUUCUCCCCAUAUUCCCUACCAUCUUCUGCUUUUCCUCAACCCCAUCCCUCCUUCCCCUCUCCUUGAUUUCCCCUCUCCCCCUCUUCCCCUCUUCCCCCUCUUUCCCCUCUCCCCCUCUUCCCCCUUUCCCUCCCUUACCCCUCUCCCCCUCUUCUCCCUUCCCCCUCACCCCCUCUCCCUCCCUUCCUCCUCUUCCCCCUCACCCCCUCUUCCCCCUCUUCCCCCUCUUCCCUCCUUUCCCCCUCUUCCCCCUCACCCCCUCUCUCCCCCUCUCCCCCCCACCGCGCACAUGCACGUCAGUGAGCACGGUGGAGGCCUCAACGGUCAUCUGCCACCCGCCGUCCUCGCCCUGCUGCACCUGCCGCACCGUCCCCAUCUCCUCCACGAUGCCUGCACGCACACGCACGCAGAGGAACGCACACACAGGCACGUACGCAAAGACACGCGCGCACACACAGCCACGCUCAUGGGGGUUGGUUAG